AUGAAGUUAGGAAAGGGGAAACUAUUGAUCGUGCAAUCUAUCCAUCUAUCUAUCUAUCUAUCUAUCUAUCUAUCUAUCUAUCUAUCUAUGUCUAAGUCGGUUCACAUCUAUCUAUCUAUCUAUCUAUCUAUCUAUCUAUGUCUAAGUCGGUUCACAUCAAUAUGUCUGUCUAUCUAUCUAUGUCUUAGUCGGUUCACAUCAAUAUGUCUAUCUAUCUAUCUAUCUAUCUAUCUAUGUCUAAUCGGUUCUCAUCGAUAUGUCUGUCUAUCUAUCUAUCUAUCUAUCUAUCUAUCUAUCUAUCUAUGUCUAAGUCGGUUCACAUCUAUCUAUCUAUCUAUUUACCUAUGUCUAAGUCGGUUCACAUCUAUCUAUCUAUCUAUCUAUCUAUCUAUCUAUCUAUGUCUAAGUCGGUUCACAUCAAUAUGUCUGUCUAUCUAUCUAUGUCUUAGUCGGUUCACAUCAAUAUGUCUGUCAGUCUAUCUAUCUAUCUAUCUAUCUAUCUAUCUAUCUAUCUAUCUAUGUCUAAGUCGGUUCACAUCUAUCUAUCUAUCUAUCUAUUUACCUAUGUCUAAGUCUAUGUUCACAUCAAUAUGUCUGUCUAUCUAUCUAUGUCUUCUCGGUUCAUCAAUAUGUCUAUCUAUCUAUCUAUCUAUCUAUCUAUCUAUCUAUCUAUCUAUCUAUCUAUGUCUAAGUCGGUUCACAUCUAUCUAUCUAUCUAUCUAUUUACCUAUGUCUAAGUCGGUUCACAUCUAUCUAUCUAUCUAUCUAUCUAUCUAUUCGGUUCACAUCAAUAUGUCUGUCAGUCUAUCUAUCUAUCUAUCUAUCUAUCUAUGUCUAAGUCGGUUCACAUCUAUCUAUCUAUCUAUCUAUUUACCUAUGUCUAAGUCGGUUCACAUCUAUCUAUCUAUCUAUCUAUCUAUCUAUCUAUCUAUGUCUAAGUCGUCUAUCUAUCUAUCUAUCUAUCUAUCUAUCUAUCUAUGUCUAAGUCGGUUCACAUCUAUCUAUCUAUCUAUCUAUCUAUGUCUUAUAUCUAUGUCUAAGUUCACAUCUAUCUAUCUAUCUAUCUAUCUAUCUAUCUAUUCUAUCUAUCUAUCUAUCUAUCUAUCUAUCUAUCUAUCUAUCUAUCUUAUCAAUAUGUCUAAGUCGGUUCAUCAUCUAUCAUAUCUAUCUAUCUAUCUAUCUAUUUACCUAUGUCUAAGUCGGUUCACAUCUAUCUAUCUAUCUAUCUAUCUAUCUAUCUAUCUAUCUAUGUAUGUAUCAAGUCGGUUCACAUCAAUAUGUCUGUCUAUCUAUCUAUGUCUUAGUCGGUUCACAUCAAUAUGUCUGUCAGUCUAUCUAUCUAUCUAUCUAUCUAUCUAUCUAUCUAUGUCUAAGUCGGUUCACAUCUAUCUAUCUAUCUAUCUAUCUAUCUAUCUAUCUAUGUCUAAGUCGGUUCACAUCUAUCUAUCUAUCUAUCUACAUAUGCAUGUUUAG